AAUUGGCAUAAAAAUCAACCAAUCAACGCUCUUCAUUUAGCGUGCGUUUGUUGGGAUUCUCGACUCCACGACGCUUAUUAUCAAGAUGGCGGCUUCCAUGAACGACAAGAAAGUAACAGAUUUCACCACAAUUUUUUGAGUGAAAACCUGCACAAAUUUAUAUUAUCUGUAAAAUAUCUACAAUUGGUCUACAGACUGCACCAGUAUUUUGUCAAAAUGAUGGAAACUGAGGAAAAGCCAGCAGAGGAAGUUUCCAAAAUGGAGGAAGUGGUCCCAGAAAAACCUGAACCUGAGAAAGAAAUUAAAGAGGAAACAACGUCGGACGAGGCCAAGAAGGAAGAACCAGUAGAACCAGAAGUCAAGAUGGAAAUUGAAGAAACUCAGAUGGAAGAUUCAUCUAAAGUUACUGCCGAGGUUACCAUGGAAACAGAACCAGCACCUGCUCCUAUCAAAGAGGAAAAUCCAAAAGUGGAAGAAAGUUCUCAAAAGGAUGACGGUGGAGAGCAGAAAAGUGUGAAAGGGGAAGACAAAGUACAAGAGGAAAUGGCCAAAGAUAAAGUUGAAGUUGAUCAAGAAAAAGAAAUUGUCGACGACAAAAAUGAUGACAAAGUCUCCGAUGUGAAAUCAUCGUCAACAUCUCCAGAUCCAAUUGAAAAAGAGCCAGUGAAGGCUACAGAGGAAUUGAGUGACGAUUUCAACAUUCUUGGAACAGACGAUGAAAACGACGAAACAAAGGACAAGAAAAGGUCCGGUGUUUGGAUGCCGGAUGUCAAUGUAAUCAUAGACCUGUACCAGAAACUGGACAAGGAAGGGGUGUUGGAGCUCCAGUGGAAGUGUCCGGGAAGACGCCCGCCUCCGGAAGAAGUUGACGAGAAGAAAGAGGAGGCGCAGAAGACAGAGAACGAGACGGAGAAACCAGAUGUGGAAGAAGAGAAACAGGAAGAGGAACCUACAGAGUUUGAUUUUGACAUUGAUACACCAUCUGUCACCAACAUGGCUCCCCGAAGAACGCCAGGAAGUGGCCAAGCCCUCGGAAGCAGUAAGAAGCGGGUCGCAAGGAUGGACAAGAUCUUCAAUGACAUGCUCCGACACAAGAGGAUAGACGAGGAGCUGGCGAGAGCAGCGGAUGAAUCCGACGAAUCCGCUGCCAAUCGGACUGACACAACCCCUCAGAGACCCGUGGCAAAGUUCAGGAUCAGGAAAGAUUUCUGAGGAGUAUAUAUCCUGGUCCUUUUUUAUUCUUGAGACUGUAAACAGCUCUGUUGAUGACAAUGGAGAACAUUGCUGAAAAGUAAUGCUACAGAGUGAAGCAGUGUGACCCCUCCUUGGGAAUUUUCCCAAGAUCUUGGGACUUAGUCCAGGUCUUGCGAACAUUUCACUGAGCCUUGUGAUUUUUUGUGUAUUGAGAAGACACAAAAAUAUGGAUUGUGCAUGUGCAAAUGUUAUUUGAAGCACAGUGUGAGCCCCAUUCACAUAAAAAUAGCUGUUGCUAUUUUGAUACAUAUUAAAACUGCUGAUAUCUUGGGAAUUGUUCUGCAGUCUCCUGGGAUUUUCAAAUUUGAUGACCAGUGAAAUGAAGAGUGUAUAAAAAUAUGAAAACUAUGAAAAACUUAGGGAGAAAAAACUG